AUGUUUAAUAGAUUCUUAGAGAGUAGAGGAAUCAAGAGGAUAUAUAAGGAAGAAACUGCCAUUGAAGAGUAUAGCACACCAGACAAUGAUGAGAUAUUUGACUUCUUAAGUUUGGAGAGAAUAGGUGAUUCAGACCUAUUCUACAACCAAAGACGAGAGAGUUUUAAUAAUGAUUUGGAAUUAGAAGAAGACACUAAUGACGUGGGAUUAGAUAUGUUGGAAUAUGUUGAAGGGUACCGGAGACCGUUUUUGGAUUCUAAAGUGGAGGAGUUGUUGACGAGUUACGAAUAUUUAAGUACUAAACGAGGAGAACCCCUAAAUGAUAUUAGUGAGGGCACAGACGACUAUAUACUUGAAACUAGUGAUAUUAGUAAAUUGAUAAGGAAGGACCCUGCUGAAAAGUUCAAUGAUAGUUUGCAAUUGAAAUAUUUAGGAAAUGAGAUAUUGAGCCAUUUUGAAAACUCCAGGAAAUACAAGAAUAAUCUUUCGACUAUCAUUACCAUUGAUUCAGAUUAUCUUGUUACAGCUAUCAAUUCAGAAAUCUGUAUUUAUGGGUUUGGCAUUAAUUUCAUACCACAACCCAAACCAGUUGUGAAAUUCGAUACAAAACCCUUGUUCACGACUACCACCGAUAGGCUCAUUUCAACAUGGCCAUACUUUCCUCAUACUAUAAAUUAUUUGCGUCAAUGCACUUGGCUCGGUAUCCCCAGUUUGGCCCUAUGCAUUGACGAUGGAGGUCUCAUCAUAUACAAUUUAUCAACAAUAAGUCAGGCUAUCGACAGCAGCGAACCUGUAAAGAAAGUCAAAGAAGAUUUUAGAUUGAAGCUUGAGAGCAGCGUUUGGGGAGUUGAUUUCUUCAACUAUGGCACUCACAAUAUCAUAGCAACAGCUGAUAACUCACAAAGUUUGACGUUGUUCUAUUAUCAUGAACAAGAUCAAAGAUUUUAUCAUGUAAAGACUCAUCAAAUAUUACACAAUAUCCCCGAUUGUUCUAUUCUUAGCUAUAACAUUGAAGAUGAAUUCCAUAUAAUAAAGGUUAGCUGUGUUUCAAUCUCAUCCGAGUUGAUAAUAUUUCAAUUCAAAUUCAAGCUAAUCGAAGGACCUUUGAACGAUCAUCCUGAUUUGAAUACCAAUGUUUAUUACAUCGAUCCAUCCAUUCAAUCUUUGGAGUCCGUCAUAGAGCUCGAGAACAAUAGGUUCAAGCGAAUUUACUGGUUUCAGCCGACUGUGAUCAAUAGAUCAUUGUUAACAGAAGAUUGCUGGACAAUAAAUCCUAUAGCUGAAUCACAAUUUAAAAGUGUAAAUUCACUUGGAGAGGUUUUCGGCGAUGAAGCUUAUAACGAGGAUCUCGAAAGAAUUAUGAACGAGUCUUCAAUAUUUGGCAAGAUCAGUAACAAAAAUCUUGGAUUGUGCAAAGACUGGCAAUAUUUCAGAAUCCCCACGGUGUCGUUUGACAAUUUGCAUAGGUUUCAGAAAUUGACCACAAUUGAUGAUGAUUAUCGAAGGUUGAAUAAAAUGUUCAAAAAGUCAACUGAAAUCAAAAACAGAGCCCAGAAUGAGUUGUACUUAGUUGUCACGACCUCCAAAAAGAUAUCGCUUUUUAACAGUUCCUUGUUUUGCAAUUGUUCCUCAGGAAGUAUAUUCAAUUUGGAAAUUCCUUCCAAUGAAGAGUCAAAGUUUUCCAACAGAAUCAGUCUUACUAAGGUAAUACCCGAACUAUCUGCAAUUGUAUGUGUAUCACAACAGGGUCUUGUUUCUGUUUUCAGAUUAUGUGAGUAUAGGGGAAUCAAAGGUAUGAGGCAAGAAUAUAUUUUUCCGAAUGCUAUCGGUUUGAGCUUGGGAUUUAACGGCUUCAGAACGAUAAGUGGGAUUUCGGUAAGAAACAUUUCCGUCAACGACAAUCUUCAGAGGUUCUUAUUGUAUAUUAUCUAUAGCGAUGGUCUAAUUCUUACCUAUCAAUUGAGUGACCAAUUGGUGAACCUUUCGAAUUUGAUAUGA